GCCCAAGGAGAAGACGAAACGGCACGCUUCCCGUUCCAUCAUCAAACGUUCUGCCGCAACGCUGUCUUAUCUGGUCCGACUAUUCUGCGCCCACACCUUAUCUCCCUUGAUGUCCUAGUCACCGCGCCGUCGACAAACCCACCAAAAUCUCAUCUGCGCAUCUCCACUUUCACUCGCCUCCUUCCUUGUCAAGCGCACCCACCAAAAUAGAGCUCGUAAUGUACCACUGAUUGAUUUGGUUCGAACAAUUUACACCUGCAAGGCCGCAACGUUAGAGUCAAAUCGUUUACCCUAGAAUCGAGCACGUAGAGUACGAAAACCUGGAGCUAGAUUAGAUUAGAGAAUCUGAUCGCGUCAGCAGUGAGUGUGUCUUAUCCAUUAAUAAUUUAAAAACACGUGAGGACGGCUAACACCGUCGUCGUCGUUAACCCGGCCUUGUGUUCCUGAUGGACUCUGUCCAAUCCGAGGUAAGGAAACGUUCCAGGUUACUGCUAAAUUAUUAGGAUAAGAUAAGAUAAACGCGUGCGCCUAAACAAAGUCGUUAAUUGAUUACUCACAGGAGCAACAGCUUUCUUCUUCUCUCUCAGUUAAGGAAAACGGAUAGGGACAGACGAGUCUCUCCUCAUGGUCGUAGCAGGCCAUGCCUAUUUAAUCGCACCCGUCCGCUCUCCCCCAUCUUUCUCUCUCUCUCUUCUUCUUCUUUCUCUUCAGAUCCCACAAAGCCCCAGACCCGGAGCAACUGACCAGCAAGUUAUCGGGCAUGGACGACGACGGCGACUGGAUCACGGCGAGGUACCUCCUCUCCUCCAUCCUCGGCCGAAACCCGCUCGUCGUCGACCACGUCGACGAGGAGUCCUUCCCGGUCGACCACGCCCCCGCCGCCGCCGCCCGCGGCGGGCCGGCGGAGGCGCCGGCGUGGCAGCCGCCGCCGGCCGUGUUCGCGGCGCCGAGCGUGGCCGGCACGGUGUGCGCGGUGUGCACGGAGGAGAUCGCGGUGGCGGACCCCGUGGUGCGGCUGCCGUGCGCGCACUGGUACCACGCCGGCUGCAUCGCGCCCUGGCUCGGGAUCCGGAGCACCUGCCCCAUGUGCCGCGCCGAGCUGCCGGCCAGGGAGGAGGCCGGCGAGGCCGGCGCCGUCGGCCGCGAGAAGCCCCCGCGCGCCGAGAGGCCGGCCAGCGGCGCCGGCGUGCGGCGGGACGCGUCGUCGUACGGGGGGUACGUCGCCGCCGGGGGCGUCCUGUCCGGCUGAUGGACGGGCGCGCGGGCCGUGGCGGAGUGCACGCGUCGUGUGCGCGCCAUGGCUUUUGUCUUUUUUUUUUCUCGAGUGGUCCUCGAUACUUGUUGUACAAAUGAAAUGGUUAAUUAUUAACAUAAUGUUGAUUCUUGA